GAAGGACGCGGCAUGUCGACAAGCACAGAAACUCGAAAGACAACGUGGACGAGCCAGCGGUCCACCGACCACAUUCCAAUCGCUUUAAUCCUUCGGCCACGACCCACUCCCAAUAUUAUCUGAAGCCUCCACCCUCCUCCACCUCUCACUCACUCUCCCUCUCUCUCUCUGCUGUGUUGCGAUGUGGGACGAUAGGCACGGUGGUUUGCCGGGCUCCGAUCAGCCACAAUCCGAUCAAGAAUCCUUUAUUGACUUCGAUUUCUUCGCCGCCGCGAUUAAACCUAAGGAUUAUUACAAGAAGUUGGAGGUGGAUUACGAUGCAACCGAUGAUGAUAUUCGAGCCAAUUACAUUCGGCUGGCUCUGAAAUGGCAUCCUGAUAAGCACAAAGAUCAGGAUAGUACCACUUCCAGAUUUCAGGAAAUAAAUGAGGCUUAUCAAGUUUUGAGUGAUCCCAUCAAGAGGAGAGAAUACGACAACAAAGGCAUGCUGUACAAAUAUGAUUACACCGUAGUUGAAUAUCUCAACCGUUUCAAGGGGCUUAUAUUGACUUGUAAUGGCCUCGGAAUUAAGCAUUCCAUUGGGUAAAAAGCAUAAACUCCAUUCUUCCUAAGCAUCCCUGUCGGUACACAUGGGAACAUUUGGCCUAUUCUCUAUCAAUCUGGCUUACACAUGACAGCUCCAGCGGCGCACCUCUGAGCCAAUGCUUUCCCCUUUCUGCUACCCGUCUCUUCUUUUGUUCUGAUCUUUGUAUAAAUAUCAAAACAGAAACCCUUCAGAUUUGUAUAAAGAAAGAAACAACUCUUCAUUGAUGUAUGAACAGGAUGAACAAGUUUGAGCAUAGAACGAAAUAAGCCCAAAAAUGCCCAGAAUCUGCAAUAAAGAGCUCCCAUUUUAGCA